AUGGUCGAGGCCAUCCGCGACUGCGAGGCGUUGGUGGCGGCGGUAGCUAGAGCUUUUUAUCCCGAUGAUGUGGCUAUUGUGUUGGAUGCAUUGAUCCGAGACAGGUAUGUGCGCGAGGACGAGAUGGGGCGACGGCUGCGCAUGUCCGCGCGGCAAGCUAGGAAGCUUUUACAGUUACUCGAAGGCGAGCGAUUGGUCGAUUUCGAGGUUUUGGACGUCGGCGCCGACGGAAAACUAAAAAAAAAGAAGAAAGAUUUAGGUCAUGAGAUAGGUAAAGCCGGAGAUGCGGGCCGGAAAUCCCCGGCACCACCCGCGGCGAACGAGAUCUACUGGUACGUCGACCUGGCGCGGUUCGUCGAUGUGAUACGGUGGCGCGUGCACACGAUGCGCGAGACGAUUCGCAAGAGGGAGUCGGCAGCUACCGCGGCGCUGACGUUUCGGUGCGGCCGGUGCGGCGUCGGCCAGUCGUCUCUAGAUGCUGUCAGGUACCAGUUCAAGUGCCCCGAGCGGCUGUGUCUGGGCGAGCCCGACGCUUUACUUACUGAAUCCGCUCUUGACGCUUCUCUCACUUCUGCCAGAAGAUUAGGAGCAAAAGUAGACACGCAGCUUGGGAGUAGCGAGGAUCAUGAUAGGGCGGGCAUUUAUGAACUACUUAGGAGGUUAGAUGGGAAGGAGCUGCCCUCAAAUAAGCCGUCCGAGAACCGCGCCAGAGGUGUGGGCGGCUGGUUAGGUAACCGCGGCGACGACAAAAAAUACACGAGGAACGAGGACGGCACCAUCACCACGACCUUCGGGUCGAAGCAUGAUAGAAGUGGAUUGGCUUCGGCGCUGUUUGCUCGCAACGACCGCGGGCAGACUGUCUCCGUGUCGCUCAACGGAGAAACGACUACUUCCACAGAGCCAUCUAAGAAAGAAGCGAAGAAAGAUAGCUCAUUACCUUCGUUUCUGCAGGGGUCUAGAGUGAAACCGAGAACUGCGCAGGACAUGUAUGCCAAUGACGAAAGUGAUGAGGACAUGGAGGACGCGGAGGGCCUCGUGGCGACACAGGCCGCGCGGCAGGCGUCCGAAAGUUGGAAGCCCGUGGAUCGGGGCGGGGCGGUGCACUUGGGCGCUCGGGGCGGGUGGGCCGCGGUCACGUCGCCGCGAGAGGUCGUCGAGGAGGUUGUUGAAGAGGAGGAGGAGGUCGUCGUCGAGUCGGACGACGAUGCGGGCGUGGCGUGGACGCCGUACACGCGGGACGAUGCGCGGCUGGGGUACGUGUUCGUGCCGAGUAAUGUGAGUUAACUUUGAUUACCUGAGAAAAUCAGUUUGCGAGGAAGGAUCAUUUGCGUUUAGAGCGUUCGCGCCGCGCGGCGUGUUUUUUUGCGAGCUGAAAAAUCGGGUUUUUCAAGCCGAGUCAAGCCGCCGCGCGAGCCCAAUAACUCACCGCAAAAACGCAAGAUGAUCCUCACAACUUGCGCCGCCUGCGCCGCCCCACUGGCCCACGACGCGCCGCGAUGCGUGAGAUGUAAGUUAAGAUACUGUGAUGCCACUUGCCAGCAUGACCACUGGCGCCGCGGCCACAAGCAGAUGUGUAAGAAAAUACACCGCGGCGGCAACGCUGAGCAGUAUAAUGCAGACAAAAAAUACAAGGAGGCCGUCGCGGUCGCGGUCGAGGCGUGCGCGGACGACACGAAGGGUCAGACGUGCUACAUCUGCACGCAAGCCUUGCAUUGGAAGACGAAGGAGGGCCUCGUGCGCGGGUGCUCGUGCCGUGGAACGGCGGGGUUUGCCCACGUGUCGUGUUUGGCGGAGCAGGCAAAGAUUUUGAAUGACGAGGCCGAGGCGAACAAUUUGGGCGUCAAGGCGAUGAAUGAGAGGUGGAGGCGGUGGGACACGUGUAGUUUGUGCGAGCAGGAGUACCACGGCGUCGUGCGGUGCGCGCUCGGGUGGGCGUGCUGGAAGACAUACGUGGGCCGGCCGGAGGCGGAUCAGAUUCAACGCUUGGCGAUGCAACAGCUUGGGAACGGCUUAUUCGAGGCAGACCACUACGAGGACGCGUUGUCCGUGUACGAGGCGGAGUUGUCUGUGGUGCGGCGCCUUGAUGGAUCUGAGCACGCUAUCAUCGGCGUGCUGGCCAAUCUUGCGAGCACGUAUCAAUUGGUAGGGCGGUUUGAAGAUGCUUUGAGACUGAAAAGAGAUUCAUACCGGAGGGCUUUGAAACUAUUUGGCGAAGAUAGUAGAGAAGCCCUCUCAGAAGCUAUGAAUCUCGCACUUGCACUCCGGCUUACUGGUAACAAACCAGAGGCGAAAGAGUUACUGCGGGCCCGUAUUCCCGUCGCCGAACGAUCACUUGGGCGCGAACACUAUAUAUAUUUCAGACUACGCUGGCUUUAUGCAAACUCUCUUACCGAUGUCGAGCCGUGCGACCUGGUUCAGGCCGAGGCACUGUUCGACGACAUCUACACGCGCUUCCGGCGUGUGAUGGGUGACGGGCAUCCGGAUACGCCGCGAAUUCAUAGCUGCCUUUUGGACAUACGCAGGGAGCUGGCCCGCGCCCGCGCGUCGUCGCACGCCUAA